CAGCGGCCGGGCCCCACAUGGGACUAAGUAAGGCAGUCCUGAGCACACACCUCUCGCGAGCGGAGCCUCAUCAUAUCAUCUGUCUCGACAGCCAUGCGGAACUCACUGAGCGCCGCGUUGUGGUUGGCGGCAGUGUGCGCCUGUCUAACGCGCGCCGAACGCACCUGCUCCUCGCACGAGUCCUGCAUCGAGCUGACGCAGUGUCCGGAGCUGGCGAAGCUCCUCCCGCGCCCGGGCGGCAACCGCAAGCCCAGCGCGUCGGACCAGGAGCGGCUCCGGGCGGCGCACUGCGGGUUCCAGGGCAGCAAGGCCAAGGUGUGCUGUGUUCUGCUGCCCACCUACAAAGAGUGCGGCCCGACCACCAUCCCGGACAAGAUCAUCAACGGCAACCAGACCCAGGUCAUGGAGUUCCCCUGGGCCGUCCGCCUGGGCUACCGCAGUCCGUACGGCGGCACCGCCUACCAGUGCGGCGGCGCGCUCAUCUCCAGCCGCUACGUGAUCACCGCGGCGCACUGCACCGAGAAGUCCAGCCCUCCGGUGACGGUGCGCCUGGGCGAGCACGACGCGCGCACCGAAGUGGACUGCUCCAUCCUCGGCAACACGUCGGUGUGCGCGCCGCCGGCGGUGGACGUGCGCGUCGAGGAGGUCAUCUCGCACCCCGAGUACGUCAAGAGCACGCGGCGGCGCGACGGCCUGUGGAACGACAUCGCGCUGCUGCGCCUCGCGCGCCCCGUCGAAUUCACCAGAGGGGUGGCGCCCGUGUGCCUGCCCAACGACAUGCCCCGCGGACAGGCCGAGAAGGACCAGCUGAUGAGGGAGCAGAAGGGCUUCACGUUCACCGUCGUCGGCUGGGGCAGGAUCGGAAAGGACGAGGACG